GAGCUGCUGCGGCGCUCGGGGGGCCGUCCACCUCGCUCGUUCGGACACUCUCCCAAAAAAAGUUCCGUGCCAUUGCUCGCACGUUCGUGUCGUUGCAGAGAGCGCCAAGGAGCAGACAUGUCUCAUAAAUGGGGAUACGGACCCAACAACGGUCCUGACAAAUGGGAAGAAGGCUUCCCCAUAGCGAAUGGGCCCAGGCAGUCUCCCAUCAACAUCGUUCCGAAGGAAGCCCAAUUUUCACCCUCCCUCAAGCCUCUGAAACUUAAAUAUGACCCUUCCAACUCCUUGGGCAUUCUCAACAAUGGACACUCCUUCCAGGUUGACUAUUUGGAUGACGCCGAUUCUUCCAUUCUUACUGGGGGUCCAAUUUCUGGGACAUACCGUCUGAAGCAGUUUCAUUUCCACUGGGGAGCCAGCGACGAAAGAGGUUCUGAGCACACCAUCAAUGGAAUCAAGUUCCCAUGUGAGCUUCACCUGGUGCACUGGAACACCAAAUAUCCCAGCUUCGGAGAGGCGGCCGGCCAGUCUGAUGGACUUGCUGUGGUCGGGGUCUUACUCAAGAUUGGUGCUGCCAACCCCAGGCUGCAGAAAGUCUUGGAUGCCUUGGCUUCUAUUAAGACAAAGGGGCUGCAGACCACCUUUGCCAACUUUGACCCGGAGACCCUCCUGCCCGCGUCUCGGGACUACUGGACAUACGACGGCUCCCUCACCACGCCGCCUCUUUUGGAGAGCGUCACAUGGAUUGUUCUCAAGGAGCAGAUCAGUGUCAGCCCCGCACAGAUGGCCAUGUUCCGCAGCCUGCUUUUCAGUGGGAAAGGAGAGGACGAGUGCUGCAUGGCGGACAACUACCGACCCCCUCAGCCUUUGAAGGGACGGCAAGUCCGUGCCUCCUUCAAAUAAAUCAGGACCUGGCUUGCGUCCAUGUUUCCCAAUGUGCCGUUCCAUAGUGCACAUGACGGUGAUCAAACGUGUCCAAUUUUGCUUCAUUGGUAGGAAAAUUCUUUAUUUACUCCAAAUCGUGUAGCUAUCUAAGCCUGCAACAUAUAGUGACAGGUAGAAUUUGAAAAAUGCUUUUACAUUAGAUGGGCAUUCACUUGAUGUGAGUUUUUUGUUGUUUUUU